GGUUUCAUGAUGUCUGGACGAGGCAAGCAAGGCGGGAAAGCUCGCGCCAAGGCCAAGACUCGCUCUUCACGGGCGGGGCUGCAGUUUCCUGUGGGCCGAGUGCACCGCCUGCUCCGCAGGGGCAACUACGCCGAGCGUGUCGGGGCCGGCGCCCCGGUGUACCUGGCGGCGGUGCUGGAGUACCUGACCGCGGAGAUCCUGGAGCUGGCGGGCAACGCGGCUCGCGACAACAAGAAGACGCGUAUCAUUCCGCGUCAUCUGCAGCUGGCCAUCCGUAACGACGAGGAGCUCAACAAGCUGCUCGGCAAAGUCACCAUCGCUCAGGGUGGCGUACUGCCCAAUAUCCAGGCCGUGCUGCUGCCCAAAAAGACCGAGAGCCACCACAAGGCCAAGGGCAAGUAAUUGCCUAGAUUAUAGCAGCUCGGAUAAAUUCAAACCAAAGGCUCUUCUCAGGGCCACCCAUAUUUUCUGUAAAAGAGUUUUAACAUUUGUUACGUUGGACGAUGAAAAGGGGUAGUGAGAUUUAAUAAAAGCCUGAGUCACUUUCCCAUCCUCUGCUUUGUUGAAAGCAAAGUAAGAAAAACUUUAUCACGUUUUAAAGAAAGUUCGCUGCAGUGAUUAUCUACGGACUUAGGACUUUAUCGCUAAUCCUUAAUAAGUGUGCGUCCACGGGUGACCAUUAGCGUCAGUUUCUGAAAUAUUUUGGUACAAAAGAAGCACUACCCUGACUCGAAUUUAGCAGACGGUGCAGCAAGGGCCUGACCAGGCGGCCUGCGGCAGCGUGCCGGCCACGGGCGGCGUGAAGAAGCCGCACCGCUACCUGCCCGGCACGGUGGCCCUGCGCGAGAUCCGCCGCUACCAGAAGU